AUAUAAUUAAUACCAUAGCAAGAUGAGAAGGGCAGGAAGAAGCGAAGGUCGACGAAGACCACUGCAUACCGUAGUUCGGCGUGUAAAAGCCGUUGCUGGUGGUCUACUUUGUUCGGGUCCUGCUCGUGUCGUCUUCGGAGCCAGAACGAAGGGCUGCAGCGUAACCAGGGACGAACAGCAGCCGAUUUUGGCAGACACGACCUCCCAGGAUGAAGAUAGACAUGAAGAAGAUAGACAUGAAGAAGAUAGACAUGAAGAAGAUAGAUGGACAUCAUCGUCGCCGUCGCAGCUUCAGCGACAUCCGCAUGGUAUUCUCCCGCUCUCGCCAAUAUUGGAGCAAAGAUCUG